AUGGCUUCUUACUUGCUGUUGCUUCUUCAUCGGGACUUCGUUCUAUCUUGCCUUGUACCCUAUUUUGGCUACAAGCUGACAUACCGCACGAAGUUUUGUGAUCCCCGGACGGUCGAUCUGCAGCCGGGACGAAGGCCUCUAGGUGUCAAGGAGAUCAAGGAACUCGACGAUUAUAAGAGUAUUGCCCCCUGGAGGGAAUCCGUUUCUUUCGUGCAAUUGUGCCGAGAACGAGCGAUGUAUACGAGGAUCGAUCUGGAGCUGCUCCAGCCACAGUACAACACGUCGUGUCCUGUGACUGCUGUCAGCUUCAGGUGCAGGAAUCCCGGUGAAAUGUCCUGCCAUUCGGGAGACGAUGCCGUUGAGAGAGCGACAGGGACGAUGGACAAUCGAAUACGAGCACGUCUGACUAAAAGGAGAUACCUUGACCAUGAUUGGUGGUCGCUCUCUUCUUCUACACGUUCUCUCGUCCGUCUCGGCGUCAUUCUUCAGCUCUGCGCUGUCCUGCUCCCUUCAUUCCGUCUGACCGCCAGCCAGUCAUGGUCGCUGCCCGAUCACAUUAAUACCCCUGUCUUCUGCUCUCACUCGUUGCUUCCAGCCGCUCGAACCUCGUACGACCUGUCCCUAAAGCUAAUCGAGCCGUAUACACUCAGCACAGCUUCCGACAUGACCUCACUGUUACCUGUCCGCCCUCGCUCAGUCCGGCCAACUGCCCCCGUAACUAUCAGCGACGACCACGAAAGCUCCGACGCUUCGACUAUCCCUUCUCCUUCCACCACAACCAGCUCCAGGAGCUUCUCCAACCCAUCGACGACGCCAGAUCAGAAGAGAAUCAAGAUGCAGCGGAAACAAUCGUCUCCAUUGGCUCCGGCCUUUAUGGUGUCCGCCCCGGGAAAGGUUAUUGUGUACGGCGAGCAUGCCGUCGUGCACGGCAAGGCCGCAAUGGCCGCAGCCAUCUCUCUCCGCUCAUAUCUCCUUGUCACCACUCUCAGCAAGUCGCAGCGCACGAUCACUCUGAAUUUCCGCGAUACAAACUUGAAUCACACUUGGGAUAUCGAUCAAUUGCCCUGGGAUCUUUUCCACCACCCGUCAAAGAAGAAGUAUUACUACGACCUCGUCACCACUCUUGAUCAGGAGCUCUACGAUGCGAUUCAGCCCCACGUCGAAGAUAUUUCCCCAGAUGCCCCCGAGGAGAUGCGCAAAAUCCACAAGCGAUCCGCGAGCGCGUUUCUCUACCUUUUCCUUUCACUAGGCUCUCCACAGAGCGCGGGCGCCAUCUACACCCUGCGAUCUACAAUUCCGAUCGGUGCUGGUUUAGGGAGCAGUGCGAGUGUCUGCGUAUGCAUGAGCGCUGCGCUACUUGUCCAGAUCCGAACCCUUGCCGGUCCUCACCCCGAUCAACCCCCAGAUGAAGCAGAGGUCCAGAUUGAGCGGAUCAAUCGCUGGGCCUUUGUCGGUGAGAUGUGCAUUCACGGAAACCCCAGCGGGGUAGACAACACGGUGUCCGCGGGCGGAAAAGCCGUGAUUUUCAGACGGGGAGAUUAUUCCAAGCCGCCCUCCGUCACCUCCCUGCCCACCUUCCCGGAACUCCCGCUGCUCCUUGUCGACACGCGACAGGGCCGCUCCACUGCCGUUGAAGUCGCUAAAGUGGGAGCUUUGCGAAAAGAAUGGCCAGUGGUAACCGAAUCGAUCCUUGAUGCGAUUGACAAUGUAACCGCAUCCGCCGAGAAAGUUAUCCGAGAACCUAACCCUGAGGGCUUGUCUGAGAAAACUCUUCAGCAAUUAGGCACCCUGAUCCGGAUCAACCAUGGCUUUCUUGUCUCUCUUGGCGUAUCCCAUCCGCGACUAGAACGAAUCCGCGAGCUCGUGGAUUACGCCGACAUUGGCUGGACGAAGUUGACCGGCGCUGGCGGUGGUGGCUGUGCGAUUACCUUGUUGCGCCCUGACCUAAAUGAUGAUUCUCUCCGCCAACUUAAGAGUCAACUUCAGGACGAGAACUUUGGCAUAUACGAGACUACCCUUGGCGGUGACGGAGUGGGCGUGCUUUGGCCUGCUGUCCUCCGCAACGGAACCGACGAAGAAGGCGGCGAGGAGAUUGACCAGCAAAAGUUUGAAAAUGCCGUCGGCACCGAGGGUAUUGAGCGUCUUGUUGGCGUUGGUGUCCAGGAGAAACGCGAGGGCUGGAAGUUCUGGAAGCGAGCUGUUGCUUGA